CAAAUAUUGUCAAAUACAAAAUGUCAAUGUGAUUGUGCGAUGUCAAUUGUCAAUUUUUUUAAUUCCUCGAAGCAGUGAUUUAAUUUUUCGCUCAAGGUUUUUCAUAAUCCUUUCACAAAUUAAUAAUCGCCCAUUUGGCUUUUUAGGCCUUCAUGUUUGAUGGAUCCCUGGGGCUGUCAAAAUAAUAUCACAUCUACUGUGCCAGAGUUUGAAGACAACUUCAAACCAGAGAAAAGUGAUAAAUUGGCUGAUUCUGCUGAGUAUUUAGCUGUUCUUGAGAGAAAACUCGAGAAGUUGAAAAAGAAGAACAAAGUUGUGGACAAUUUAUCGGCGUAUAGAGCAGAUUGUAUCGACCGGUUGAUCAGAGAGGGCUGUGACUUGGACCCUGUCAUUGGAGACACAGAAUCUGAGAAACUACUUCAAGAAUAACCGCUUGACAUUGUGAACCCUUGUAAGUAGUCAUGGCAUCAUCAUCGACCAACAUAGACCUUUCAGAACCAUCCUUCUGCGUUGUGUCGGGAGCUUCUCAAGGUAUAGGUCGAGCUAUCGCUGUGGAAAUCGCCAAAUGCCUCGGACCCGAUUCCCUCAUGCUGUUGCUAGCACGAAACAAUGAAGAACUCGCUGUAACAGCUGGUUUAUGUGAGUCAGAGAAUGUCAAAGUUGUUUGCAAUGCUGUUGAUUUGUCAACUGCAACAGAGGAGCUGAUGAUGGAUAUCCUCCAAGGAGCCAUAUCUGGACGUCAAGUUGACGAGUUUGCCCACGCUCUAAUUUUCCAUAAUGUUGGGUCCCUUGGCAAUUUGGCAAUCGAGACGUCCCGUAUGGAGAAUAUACAAGAGCUUCGUAAAUAUUACGACCUGAACGUAUUCAAAGUGAUAUCGCUUAACACUCAGUUCCUCAAACUGUUUGAAGAGUUCGAGGAGAAGGUCAUAAUUGUUAAUAUAACAUCUCUGUGCGCUAUCAAACCUAUGGGAGGCAUGGCUUACUAUUGCAGUGGCAAAGCUGCCCGUGAAAUGUAUUUCAGAGUUUUGGCUGAGGAGAAAAAGCAAAUCAAAGUCCUGAAUUACUCUCCUGGGCCGGUGGAAACGGCUAUGAUUGACAAUGUCCUGGAGGAGGCCAUUAACGAGAAUCUCAGGGAUGUUUUCACGUCCUUCAGAAACCAAGGCACUCUGUUGAAACCAGAGAUUACUGCCAAAAAAUGUGUCAAAGUUUUGCUCUCGGGCAAAUUUUCUCCUGGAGAACAUGUCGAUUAUUUUGACGAUGAGUAAUGUUACAAUUUCUCAUUUUGUAAACUCGUAAUCUCUUGAAUAUUACAUAAAUUGAUAUAGGAUCUCUACAAACUAUUAGCAGAACAAAUUAAAAUGAUGAAAUAUAUAUUCUAAAAUAAGAUUUUGUUUAGAUGUUUGAUGAUGGUGAAAAUUUUUUAAUGAUUUUUAUUUUGACAUCUGUUCCCAAUAUCCCGUAAAAAUAUGUAAUUUUCAAUGCAAAAUCUAUUUAGCAGUUUUUAUGUGGUUCUUUUUAAACAAAUAUUUUUUUUAUUUUAUAGUUCAGUAUAAGUUAUAUUUGUUUCAAUUCUCUUCUUUAAAUAAAAUUUAAAAUUUAAAUUUUUACAUAUGUUUAAAUUUGUUCUGCUACACUUUUGUAUAUGUUAAAAUUGGUGUUACAAAAUUGUAUACUCAUAAAGAACAACUGAUGCUGCAAAUACUCAAAAUUAUUCAAAUUCAUAACAUUCCAUUAAUUAGUAUAAUAUAGAAAAUUUAGUAACUCUCAUAUCAUAUAAAUUAUUAUUAUAGAUGUAUAAAGGUGAGUUCAGAUUAUAGAAAAUGUUAUAUAACAUUUAAACAAACAUUGUUUAUCUGUAUUAUUAAGAGAGAUAUAACAAAAACUAACAUAUUUAGGUGGUUUGAUAAUAAUUAGAAAUAUAGUAAUAGCAUGACCAAACAAAAUAUCCAAAUUGGCCACAAAUAUCUUUAGCAAUCUGUUUUGUAUGCUUAUUGUAAGAAAUUAGUUCCCUUUUUUGGCCGCAACUUUAUCAUACAUGUUUAUUAUUUUUACAGUCGAGUCAAACUAUAUAAGGACUUAUCACUGAUGUCUAUAUAUUGGAUAUUAUUAUUGAACACGAAAUGAAAAUGAAAAUGAAAUUUUUGUUUUAAAUAAUAGGGCUGAGACCUUCUUUUAGGUAAAUACCUGUGUCAGAAGGUCUCGCUCUUCCUUUAUAAACAUCAUUGUCGUAACUUUUACAUUAUUGUUAAACAUUGAUUUUUUAAAUUACUAAACUUGUGUCUUGGUAACAUUUUUUAGAUUUAUCUGUCAAUUAAAAUUUCUACAUAAUUGAAAUAUGUUAUAUAACCAUGUUGUAUAACAAUUCGUAAUGUGAACUCACCCUAAUAUUUGUUGCUUUGAUAACAAACUGGUAGGCUAUGGCUAUAACGUGUAGUAGAUUGUUGUUUGUGUUGUUUCUUAUGUACGUUUUCUACUUGUCUGUGUUGUUGUCUGCGUUUACACCUUGACACAGCUCAACAAAAGAAAAUGAUUUUCUUGCUCAAGUUAUAAUUGUUUUUUUUUAAUAAAUUUUUCAGUACUUUAGUGAUAAAUUGAUGGCCUGGAUGGCCGGAUGGAGGUCCUGGGUUCGAUCCCCGGCUGGGCCGAUUGAGGUUUUCUUAAUUGGUCCAGGUCUGACUAGUGGGAGGCUUCGGCCGCGGUUAGUUACCGGCAAAGACGUACCGCCAAGGGAUUUAGCAUUCCGGUACUAUGCCGUAUAGAAACCGAAAGGGGUGUGGAUUUUCUUCCUUUUCCUAAAUAGUUAGCCCGCUUCCAUCUUAGAUUGCAUCAUCACUUACCAUCAGGUGAAAUUGUAGUCAAGGGCUAACUUUUACUAACUAAUUAAAAAAAAUCAUAAUCAUAAUCAGGUUCUUGUUUCUUAGCCCGACUUACUUCUACAGAUAAUCAUAGAUAACUUAUCUCAAGAAAACUUGAUUAUUUCAAGAUUCUGUCUUUUAAGACAAUCCUCGUUAAAACAGGAAAGUUAGUUCACAAGGAAAACUAUGAUUUCUAAAGUCUUUAAUGUUUUUAAAACAUCCCUUGUGGAAAAUGUUUGUGUUGAUUAUUCGAGCUGUACUACAUUCCAAAUAUAUUUAUAAGAGUUCCUGUAUUUAUGUUAUCUACUGUUAAAUAUAAGUAUAAAGUUUCUAAUGUACCUAUUUGUACUAUAAACCUGAUUGCAUAUUACAGGACACACCAAUUAAUUAAGCACAUUUUUUCACCGACUUAAAAAGUAUGAUAUAGUCCUUUUAAGCAAUUCAUUAAAAAAAAACUUUAUAAAACAUUACUAGUUUUAGAAGAUUGUUAUAUUUUGGGGCCCUUUUUUAGUUCAUUAUCCUUAAUAAAAUAUCUUUUGCGCACCACGACUUCUAAAGACAAAAACAUAGGUUUUCUGUUGUUUUCGAUUCCGCCGCUAUUGGUCAACAUUUGUCUUUCUCUCGACUCGAGGAGUCGUGGUGAACAUCAUAGGCCUACUGGAAAGUGUAAUCUGUAAUAUGUAGUCAGUAGAAGGUUUUUUAAAGCAAGCGAGACGAGAUAGGUUAAAAUAAUACUUUACUAGCACCAGGAGUUCGUAAAAUUUUGUUUUUCACACAUCUCGCGGGAACUAUGCUUCCAUCUUAGAUUGCGUCAUCUCUUACCAUCCGGUGAGAUUGUAGUCAAAGGCUAACUUGUAAAGAAUAAAAACAAAAAAAAAGGAGUUUGUAAUAUUUUGUUUUACACGCAUCCACAGAAAAGAUAUUACAACCAGUAGUUGGACUUCAUACUAGAGGUCGAAACGCGAGCUAUACCUACGCUCCUUGAACAUGGGGUGAUCGUAGGGUGAAGACAGUCGCGACUGUGCCGCGGUGACGAACGAACGCACGGUGUAUUAACAGAGUAAAGUGUAUUAAUAGUAUUAGAUUUUUUUAAUUAUGACCAGUAGGACUGCGCGGGUGUGAAGUCGUACGCGCUGGGCAUCGUUACCCCCCUCCCGGACCGCGCCGACCUUCGGGAGUGUUACGAACAAAUUUGCCAAGCACACAUACUGAUAAAUGAUAUGUCAUUAGACUCGUCUAGAUAGGCCGAGUGUCACUGGGUAACUUAGUUCUUAAAAAAUCAAAAUGGCGGAUUUUAUGCACUUUAAUGUGCAAGCUCAUAAAACUUUUGCUCAGCUUGGCAUUGGUGACAAGAAUUUUAACCGACUUACAAAAAGAAUCGUAUCGUAUUUACAGCGAUAUUUCCGUCAUUUGUAAACCGUUUCUUUUUUGUUUGGAUGAAUAUUCUUUCAGGUUAGUCCCAUUUUUUUCAUGUCAGGAUCUGAUAAUGGCAUCCUAGAGAAAUCUAGGGGAACUAUCGUAUCGUAGGGACAAUUAGUGCGUUUGUUCAUUGUUUCAUUAUCUAUUUUAAAUCACUACAAUUUCAUGAAGGUAUUUAUCUUUUUUUUUAUUUGUUCACGUAGUGUGGAGGUAAUACCUAGAUGGCAUCACCGAAAUAAAUAUGUUUAAGAAUACGACCAAUCCUUCAAGAUCAUUGACGUAGUAUCAGCCUUAAUUAAAUCAACCAAUCAAAAAACACGCAUUUUUAUUUAUCACUUCCCAUUUUACUACAAUUUACAAAGUAUUUUAUUUGUUUAUAUUUAAAUAAGUUUAUUUACAAUCACAAAACUAAGUGGAAACACAAAGUUAGCAAAUGUAAUUAAAUUGCUGCAUGCGGGCAGCCCUAUGACAUGUUUACGUACCGCGCGGCUGUAGGUAUUUAUUUCAAAAAUACGGCCGAGUUAUUAUACUGCUUGUAAUAUCUUUACUGUGACGCAUCCCGCGGGAUCUAUGGGGUUUUUUGGGAUCAAAAGUAGCCUAUUUUGAUCCAGGGUAUGUUAUUUUUAUGUUCCAAAUUUCAGCCCAAUCAGAUCAGUAGUUGCGACGUGAAGGAGUUAUAAACAUACACACUUUGGCUGGUGGAAGGCUUCGGUCGUGGCUAAUUACCACACUACCGGCAAAGAAGGCCAAGCGAUUUAGUGUUCCGGUACGAUGUCGUGUAGAAACUGAAAGGAGUGUGGAUUUUCAUCCUCCUCCUAACAAGUUAGCCCGCUUUCAUCUUAGAUUAGGUAGAUAGGGCUUACUUGUAAAGAAUAAAAAAAAAAUAUUACACACAAUCUUUCACCUUUAUAAUAUAAGUGUGAUGUGAUGAAAAAAAUUAUUAAAAAAGUUUUAAUGGUAUUUUUUUUUUAUCUUCUCUUGCUGGCUUGCUUUAGAAAACGUUCUUAUUUAUGUCUAUAUUAUAUGUGUGUAUCGAAAUAUAUUAUGAAUGCAAUUCAUAUUAAUAAAGUGCUUGAAUUGGAA